AUCAUGUACUUGGGCUCAGGCUUGUGCUGUGUUGGUGCCCUGGGCGGCCUUUCUACUCAGGGAACAGCUCGACUCGGCAAUGCCUUGGGCAUGAUUGGAGUUGCAGGAGGCCUGGCAGCCACACUUGGAGGCCUGAAACCAGAUCCACAGCUGUUAGCUCAGAUGUCCGGAGCAAUGGCUAUGGGUGGCACCAUUGGCUUGGCAAUUGCGAAGCGCAUCCAGAUUUCUGACUUGCCUCAGCUGGUCGCUGCUUUCCACAGUUUAGUGGGUUUGGCAGCAGUGCUUACUUGCAUGGCUGAGUACAUUGUAGAAUACCCACAUUUUGCAAUGGAUGCAACAUCAAAUUUCACCAAGAUUGUGGCCUACCUUGGUACUUACAUCGGUGGAGUCACCUUUAGUGGGUCUCUUGUUGCCUAUGGGAAAUUACAGGGUAUUCUGAAAUCAGCCCCUCUGCUGCUCCCUGGGAGGCACGCACUCAAUGCAGGCCUGCUGGCUGCUAGUGUGGGUGGGAUAAUCCCAUUUAUGAUCGACCCCAGCUUUACCACUGGCAUUACCUGUCUGGGCUCCGUGGCUGCACUCUCUACUCUCAUGGGUGUGACUUUGACAGCUGCUAUUGGGGGUGCUGACAUGCCUGUUGUCAUCACUGUGCUGAACAGCUACUCAGGCUGGGCCCUGUGUGCCGAGGGCUUCCUUCUCAACAACAACCUGCUGACCAUUGUGGGUGCGCUCAUCGGCUCCUCUGGUGCAAUCUUGUCAUACAUCAUGUGUGUGGUAAGAAAUACAUGUGAAAGAGAGUAGAAAUGAUGUCCUGGA